UUGAAGGGUCCGAAGAAAGUGUCGCUACUCGGAGCGACGGUGCCAGGGUCUGGAAGUUCAGCAGAGUAAGAAUACAGGCGGUACAUCGCUGGGUGUCUGUAGUAAAAGUUAAGGUAGACGGAGCUUUGCGAUAGUGACAAGGUUUUUAUCCCGUUUUGUUUGAAGCACAUAUAAGGUUUUAAAUGCAGCGCUGUUUGAUAUAUGAGAAAACGAGGCCAGCCGAGACGAGGAACGGCGGGAGUUCACUGAACAACAAGACCUGCAAAGACCACGGCAGGAGAAAGCUGCUGGUCGGAGUGGACUUCUUCUGUUUGUUUCUAGCCGGCCUGCCUUUCUUGGUCAUUGAAAGUAGCGCUGUUCAGCCUUACCAUAGAGGGUUUUACUGCGAUGAUGAGUCCAUCAAGUACCCGGCCAAAAAUGGAGACACCAUUAGUGACGGUGUGCUUAGUGCUGCUGGCAUUCUUAUCACCAUCCUCUCUAUCAUCAUUGGGGAGAGCUACAGGAUCUAUUUUCUGAGCGAGGGAUCAAAGUCUUUUGUGGGCAACCCCUAUAUUUCUGCUCUCUAUAAGCAGAUUGGAGUGUUCAUCUUUGGCUGUGCCAUCAGCCAGUCCUUCACUGACAUUGCUAAAGUGUCAGUAGGCCGCAUGCGUCCUCACUUCCUCGAUGUGUGCAAACCUGACUUCUCCGCUAUCAACUGUUCCCUGGGCUACAUCACUGACUACCAGUGUCAGGGCCCAGACAGCAGAGUUCAGGAGGCCAGGAAGUCCUUCUUUUCUGGGCAUGCAUCAUUCUCCAUGUACACCAUGCUAUAUCUGGUGUUUUACCUGCAGUCUCGUUUCACUUGGCACGGAGCCCGCCUGCUGCGCCCUCUGACCCAGUUCACCCUCAUCAUGAUGUCUUUCUACACUGGCUUAUCACGUGUCUCUGAUCACAAACAUCACCCCACUGAUGUGCUGGCCGGUUUUGUACAGGGAGCCCUGGUGGCCUACUGCGUGGCAUUCUUUGUGUCAGAUUUAUUCAAGCCCAAAGGUAGGUGUUCUGCCCUAUCAUCAACUCCAGUGAAGAAAGAUCUUGUGCCUCCAGUGGACGUCAGAGAGCGGAGCAACCACCUCAUCAUGCCAUAGGGAAGACUGCAAAAUGCUUCUAUAUAGCCAUGACCUGUGCCAUUUAAAUCACUACUAACACCCACUGCUCCAUGCUGGAAAAUAAACAAAAAAAUCUGGAUAAUGCAGACAAAUAUGGAAUCUUGAACAUCUGUGAGGAUGAGAAGAAGCAACAACAAUGCAGUCUAGCAAAUGAUGCUUUCUCAGUGGAAAUUUUCAUUUUUCCUCGUGCUCACCAGAUGAUUUAGUGUGGAAAAGAGGGAGAACAUAUUUAUCCUGCAUCUGUUAUGAAGAUUACUGGAGAUUUUCCUCUGCAAAGUCCGUUCUAUGGACAAAAGGAAAUCAGACAAAGAUGAGAAGUGGCAGCUGUAAACAAAGUUAUGUGUGACUUUUAUGCCUUUUUCCCUCAGCUGCAUCCAGCUUGGGAGCUGUGCUAAUAUUCCUACCAUUCAUACAGAUAUGACAAAAAACUAAUUCCUUGAUGUCAAGAAGGAUAUUGUUUUAGUUUGCUGUUAUUAUAAACAUCAGCAUUGUAUGUGUGAUAUUAUAGCACUAUUUUGGCUAAUCUCUGUACUGUUUUCACCACUUGACAUGAAUGACAUGAAGUGAAGCGUGUGGAAAGCUUUGUACAGUAAGCUUUUAUUAUGUUCAUAAUGUAGCAUUUCUCAGAAGCUGCACAUAAUUUACAGUAGGUGGAAAAUGCAGUGAGGGUGUAUGUGUUGGAUGUGGGCCUCUUUCUGCUGGCUAGGAUGAGCCCCCACUGAGCCAUUUAAUGAAAUGACUGUCUGUUAUAUGUAACAGAUGGGUGCUCACAAGUAUUAGGCCAGAGUAAGUGUCAGAGCGUGUGUCGGAUGUGUCCCUUGAGUAUGUUCGUCUGUGUGUUUGGGUGAGGCUGUGUGUGUCUUAAUCUCAUGCCUAUAUAUUAGUGUAUAUAACCUACAAGCGUGCCGCUCUCCAGCCAGAGAAUUGGCACCUGCUCCAACAGAUGUGUAACUUGAGACGAGAACACUGUGUGGGGGAAAGCAUCAUAUAUUGUACAUGUACUUAACUGUUACUACUCAUAGUGAUGAUUCACAUCACUGAGGAAUCCUGUGAUAAACGGUAUGCUACACGGACAUUUAUAUUCUUAAAACCAACACAGGGACUAGAACGGUAGCUACAUAUAGUAGCUUUUCAGUACCAAGCACAAUUUAGUAACAGUAUUUAUUAUUUUGGCACAUUGUAACUGCUUAAUAUUUCUUAAAGUCUACAGGCUCUGCAUUAUAAUACAUUAUUAUAAUGGAAUUAUAAAACCAAUAAUAAUGGUAAUAGGUUUGCAUGAUAUUAAUGUAGCCUAAAUUUUUUUUUAUUAGCAAAAACCACUGAUUAAAGGCAGUUUUAAGUCUCUGUGUUUGAUUGGUUGUUUGAACUAAUCUGUUCUGUCUUGUA